UCAACACAUCCCAGCAUCUUGUUCGGAGAGAGAGAGAGAGAGAUCAGAGAGGCUUUGCAUUUGCAUCACCUUCCUGAUCCUGUGUGAGUCAUCCAUGGCGGCUCCACUGACCUGAUCGAGCAGCAAGCUCUCGCCGUCGCCGCCAUGGAGUCUCCUCAUCCAUCCCCCUCUUGAGCCAAGCUACCAAGAGCAGCCAGCUGGAGGUUGGAUCUCUCCUUGCAAAGUGUGCAUACCUAAUUUGGUGUGCUAGCUAGCUGAAAUAUUUUGCAGUGCUUUAAAUGCACCAAGACUUGAAGUGAAGCCAUAAGGAGGUGAUUACUGCGAAUUGAUAUUCUCAAAUCAUGGUCGUCAUCAUCAUCAGCAGAGGAUAGAGAGAGAAAAAAGAGCCAUCUGAAAAUGGAGUUUGCCACAGAUGCAAUUGGCACGGUCCUCCCUAAGCUGGGUGAGCUUCUAAAGGAAGAGUAUAACCUGCAGAAGAGUGUGAAGGAGGGCAUCAGGUUCCUCAAAGCUGAGCUCAAGAGCAUGCAACCCGCCCUUACAAAGGUAUCAAACAUUCCGCUAGACCAGCUCGAUGAGCAGGUCAAGAUCUGGGCUAGGGACGUCAUGGAACUGUCCUACAACAUCGAGGACAUAAUCGACGUCUUCAUGCAGCAUGCCAACGCACUUGAGACCACCACCAAGAAACACAACUUCGCGUGGUUAAUCAGCAAGUGUCGUGUAUUAUCUCAGGCAAAGAUCCGCCACAAAAUAGGCUGCGACAUCAAAGACGUGAAGAUCCAGGUCGAAGAGGUGAUGGAACGACGUGACAGGUACAUGAUUGAUGGUGUUUCCGCUGCACCUCCAAUGAUGAUCGACCCUAGUGUCUUAGCACUGUAUGAGAAGGUCACUAAUCUCGUUGGCAUUGAUAAGGCAAGUGAUGAUCUAAUCAAGAGGCUGUGUAUGGGGGAUAAGGCGUGUGAGAGCCUCAAGACAGUCUCUGUGGUUGGUUUUGGAGGGUUGGGCAAGACAACUCUUGCGAAAGAAGUGUUCGAAAAGCUUAAAGUGCAGUUUGAUUGUGCCGGUUUUGUUCCUGUGGGUCAAAAACCUAACGCCAAAAAAGUUCUCAUGGACAUCUUGAUUGAACUUAACAGACGCAAAUACAUAGAAUUUGAUGCAACAGCACUAAGUGAAAGACACAUGAUUGAUGAGCUCCGACGAUACCUAGGUGAUAAGAAAGAGAACCAAAAGAGGUACUUGAUUGUUAUUGAUGACAUAUGGGAGACAUCAACAUGGAAAAUUAUUAAAUGUGGUUUGAUUGACGGUAACUGUGGAAGUAGAGUAAUAGCAACAACUCGUAUCACUCAAGUUGCCAAAGAAGUUGCUCAAGAGUUUGGUGAAGUUUACAACAUGGAGCCACUUUCUCAUGAUAACUCGAAAAAGCUAUUCCAUUGCAGAAUAUUUGGUGCUGACUGCAAAGGUUCAACUGAUAUUAAUCAAUCGUUUGAGCCAACUGAAAAGAUCUUAAAGAAAUGUGGUGGAGUACCGCUGUCUAUAAUCACAAUGGCUAGCUUGUUGGUCGAUAAACCUGUUGCAGACUGGUCCACAGUUUACGACUCUAUUGGAUUUGGGACGACAGAUCAGAAUGAGGCAGUUCAGAAUGCGAGGAAGAUACUAUCUUUUAGCUACUAUGAUUUACCCUCCUACCUGAAGAAUUGUAUGCUGCACCUAAGCAUAUACCCAGAAGAUCAUUGGAUUAACAAGGAGGCUUUGGUAUGGAAGUGGAUAGCUGAAGGCUUUGUCCACGAGAAACAAGGGAAGACGUUAUUCGAGGUCGGCGAGAGGUACUUCAUUGAGCUUAUAAACAAAAGCAUGAUCCAACCGACGGAUACAUAUGGCGGCGUGAACGGCUGCCGCAUCCACGACAUGGUGCUAGAUCUCGUCCGAAACCUGGCAGCCGAAGAGAAUUUCGUGACAGUAUUCGACAGAGCAGCACAUGGCCUGCACCAAAGCUUGUCUUCAGAGGCAGAGAGCUGCACCGUCCGCAGGAUGGCACUGCACGAGAGCUGGAACCAAGACAGAGACGUCGGCAUGGUCGCUAGCAAGACGCGGCUGAGGUCACUCAAUGCCAUCGAGUAUCCGAUCAGCAUGAUCACUCCGUCGCUUGGGAGCUUCCAGGCUCUGCGAGUUCUAGCGCUGCAAAACUGCCGAGUCCCAGGAGGAGGCCUGCACCUCAAGCAUUUGGGCAAGCUAUGGCAGCUGAGGUACCUAGGGCUGGCACACACUCAGGUCGCUGAGCUCCCAGACGAGAUAGGGGAUCUCACGCACCUGCAGACGCUGGAUAUGAUGUACACGUGCCUGGGCGAAGUGCCGGCAAGCGUGGGGAAGCUAAGCAAUCUGAUGUGCCUGCGCGUGAAUGGGCAGACGAGAGUGGCAGCCGGGGUUGGUAGCAUGAGUUCACUGCAGGAGCUUCGUCUCGGCUGGGGAUGCAUCGACGUGUACGACGGCUUCGCCAUGGAGGUGGGCAAGCUGACAGAGCUGAGGACGCUCGAGGUCAGCGUAGACAAGGAGAUUGACGAGCGCACCGGGAAGGCUCUGGUGGACUCCCUGCUCGGCUUGCGCAGAAUCCAGAACCUAGCGAUCCACUUCAGCUCGCCGGGGAACAUGAGCCGCUACGGGGAAGGGUGGCUCCACUGGAAGGAGCCCCCACGGCAGCUCUGCUGGUUCUCCAUGCUCAGCGUCCGCCUGCCUCGCCUGCCGGCGUGGGCGAACUCCCCGUGCGUCCCGCGCCUCUCCGAACUGGACGUCGAGGUGCUGGCCGGGGAGCCGCGUGACCUCGACGCUGUUAAAUAUGUGAUCCGAAUUGUAACUGGAAUUAUAUCCGGAUUAGUUUCCUAGUAGGUUUCUCCCAGU